GGGCCAACGGGCACGGCUGUGCUGAUUUGGUUGGGCGAGACACACACGAGCCCACAGCAACAGGAAGACGGUACCAAAUUGAAAGCGACCGUCCGUGGCAAGCAACAAAAUUGUCUCCACCGUCCAAGCAGAAGCGAUUACAUUGACGCAAACAUGCGGACGGACGACGCCGAGUCUACACGCCAAACCAUGUCAGCCUAUUCAGCGAAAAAGAUGAAGAAAGGAGAAAUUGCCCAUCACAAAAGCAAACGAGUCUACAGCCAAAGCCUCUUCCUCGUCCAAGUCGACUCGACGACAGUUGCCAUGGCAAGCUUGUCUAUUCGGGCUCGUCUCGAUGUCUGCAUGUUGUCACCAUGGCGCAAAUCAGUGUCUAGACAAAGUGGACAUGCAGACCAAAAAGAGACUCGAUUAGAAGUUAACUACAGGCACCAACCAAAAGCACAACCUCCAAAGUUCAUCUUGUCUUUGACGCGUCCGAACGUCGCAUUGGUCAUUUGGUACCUUUCGAGUUGA